UACCCAACAAUCCCCUGCUCGUCUGCCUCAAAUCCAUCCAGCUCCUCCUCCUUCUACUGGCAGUUAAAGAAGAAUCCCUUUCAGUUAAUUCAAAUCCAUCCAGCUCCUCCUCCUUCUCAAAUCCAAACAUAGCGCGACCGAUCUCACUAUUUAAAGAAGAAUCCCUUUCAGUUAAUUCCUCGAGGAGCUCGACCGAUCGCUGUUGAGCAAUCCAAUCUCUGGCGUGACAGCUUAUUGAUUGAUUGAUCCAUGGCGGUGGCGAUGGUGGCGAGGCAGGGGCGCGAUCUGCAGAGGUACAGCGCGAGCACGGGCGGGCGCAUCGUGGUGGGCUGCGUGCCGUACCGCGUGCGCGGCGACGGCGACGGCGACGGCGAGGUGGAGGUGCUGGUGAUCUGCUCGCGGAAGAAGGGGGCCGGGGCGGGGGUGAUGUUCCCCAAGGGCGGGUGGGAGCUGGACGAGUCCAUGGACGAGGCGGCCCGGCGCGAGGCCCUGGAGGAGGCCGGCGUGCGCGGCGAGAUCACGGGCGCCCCGCUGGGACGCUGGUGCUACCGCAGCCGCCGGUACGACGCCACCUACGAAGGGUUCAUGUUCCCGCUGCGGGUCACGGACGAGCUGGAGCGCUGGCCCGAGAUGUCCGGCCGCGGCAGGGCCUGGGUCACCGUGGCCGAGGCCAUGGACCGGUGCCCGCACUGGUGGAUGCGUGAGGCGCUCCAGCGGUUCGCCGACCGCCUCGACAACGGCGCCAGCGACGGCGGCGCGGCCAAUCCGAUGAGGCUCCUCGACGCCGCCUUGUAGGGCGCCGGCGCUGCCGUGCCUUGCUUCUCUCUCUCCGUCUCCGGUUUUCUCGCCGUGUUUAGCCCCGCCCGGGCGUGCCGGUCGGGAUCGGCACGCGGCGGCGGCGGCAGGACGAGUAAAAGACACGAAUCGGCGGUGCAUUGUAGCGUGACGCAGCUUGUGCACUGCUCGUUUGAGGAUUUCCCGCCGGGCAUGUAAAUCUCACAUAGUUCACCAAUUUUUUGAGAUCCAUUUGUACGGGAUACAAGAAAUUGUAGUCAUGAUUCCGAAUUAAUUGGAGGAGCCAAUGAUUGAUGAUUUUAACUUGAUUCGCUACGUCUUUUAA